AUGGCUAAUGUCCAGAGCGAGUGCAGUUACAGUCAGUUGGGAUGUCUUCUUGCGUCGUCUUGGGGCUUGCUGGUAAGUAGAGCCAGGGAGAUGCUGUCCUCGGCGGAGUAAUCAUUAGCGCCUCGCGCCAACCAUCUGCCAGUCGGGCCGGGUCUUCUUCGGGGUGGGUGUAUUAUCCGAUUGCGCUUGGGUAGCUUCCGAUGAGCCCCAUAGGCCCCAGUGUUUCAGUGUGGUUAGGCCUCCUAUUGGGUCAUCAAUAAUGUGGAGCUUGUUAUUCCUCCAAAUCAGUAGUUUCGUGGGGAACCCCCAACGGUAAGCCUGCACGUGAUUGCGCAAGGUUUUGGUGAUGGAGGAGAAUUCCUUCCCUCUCGCCAUAGUGAGGGCCGAGAGGUCUGCAAAAAUAGAGACGGCACUGUAGGGAUCGGGCAGCGGAGAUUGGGCUCUGGCUUCCUUAAGAAGUGCUUCUUUAGCCUUAUAAUAAUGAAAGCGCACGAUGAUGUCGCGCGGGACUUCCGCUCCGAACCUAGAUGGUUUAGGGACCCGGUGGGCUCUAUCCAGUUCCCAUGUAAUGACGGAGAGGUCAGGGGCCAGAGUGGCACUUAAAGUGGUUAUGUAGGCUGGGAUCUGGUCUGUCGCAAUGGACUCAGCUACCCCCCGGAACCUCACAUUGUUCCGACGGGAGCGGUCCUCCAUGUCCGCCAUCUUGUGCCAUAGUUUGGUGUUAUCCUCCUCCAAUUUCUUCAAUUUAUCUGCCAGCAGAUUAUGAGCUGAGCAGAGGUCGUUUGUUUUACGCUCGACCUGAUCGGUCCGGUCACCCAGCUCCUCCAAUUCUUGGUGAAUGCCCGCUAUGGCGGUAGUAAAGUCCUCCUUAAUGGUGGACCUGAGGUCCAUGAGCAUUUGCUUAAGGUAUUCUUUCGAGAAUUGAGUAUCAUCCGAUAGUAGUUGUGAGGGUGUCUCGAUGCAGGGAUCAGAAUCCGGAGACUGAGCUCUUCUGGCGGCGCCAUCUUGGGCCUGUUUCAGCCUUUCCCUCUUUGGUGACGGACCGCGUCCGUUAACUUUGUCUGUUUCGAGGGAGACAUUAGGGCCCACUUAGCCUUCACCUCCCGCUGGAUUAGGGUAGAUCUGGUACGAUUUUCGUCGUUAUUAUAGAUAAUCUGGCCCGGGUGGUGCGGAGCUCCUACUCCAUGCGACCGAUCUUGCCGGAAGUUGGACACGCCCCCACUAAAUUCUAGUGAAUUAAAUCCAAAUGGCAUAACUGAGGUUAAAAUAGUUGAUCUGGAGACAUUCUCCAACUAGGCUAUAGUCACAACUAAAUUUGGCCUUUCGGAAUUUAAACUGCUGUAGUACAGUGAAUAAUAAUGUCACAGGUUAAAGGUGAUGAGAAGUAAUGUUAAGUAACAGGUGGAGGACAUUUUGUGCAAUAUGCACUAGAUCACAGGUACCUGUGAUCAAGUGCACAUUAUAUAAAAUGCAUAAGGUAAAUUUGUUGCUGUUGUAAUACCAUCUAGAAAUAACUAUUUUGAGUGGUACUACCGCUUUAAUGUUUUUGAACUAAAUAAAUGCUUUGAUUUUAUAUAUUAAAUUGAUUCUAAGUUCAUUCUACGUUUGUUCCUGUGGAAGCUGGCAUCCCCAUGUGUAUUAACUUCCACCUUAAAACCAUUGUUGAUUGGCUCCCCAUUCCUAAAAAUGGCUUGAAACAAUAUGUAGGUUUCUCGGGUCAUAUUGUGAUGACACUGGUUGGCUGAGAGUGUCGGCUGAUGGUGUUGGAGGGGACAGAGCGAUCUGGAGCUGGAGAUGAGACUUUCGGGUUAAACUUUUCUUGAACUAUAUAACACUUAGAGGUGAGCUAACUCAAGGUACCCCUUAGCACCAUAACAACUUCAUUUUAAUGAAGUUAUGGUGCCAUAGUGUUUCUCUAAAAAAUAUUAAGUUGCAGUUAGUUGAUAGCUGAGUUGCAAUACGUAGGUCAAAUGGUCAAGUUGAAAAAAGUAAUCAAUCAAUAAGUCAGUACUAAAUCAAGUUGUAAUUUUUUUAUUUAUUUUUUUAAUAUCCUGCCUAUUUUGGUUUAUAUUUUCAGUAGGUUACAUUGUACAGUUUGAUACUUCUCCUGAUUUAUGACAGCUUUUUGUCUGUGUAAUUUAAUCUUUGUUGUCAUGUUAUAAAUGAAUGAAUACCAUCACCAUCAACAGAGGUACCAUGACAUUUAUUACAAUGGCUGUUGUGACUAACAAAUGAAGCAAAAACUAAUACCUGGUAAUAUAUUUAUUUCAUUUUAUUUAGUCAACUGCAUUUCUGUAUAUUUUCCAUUUACAUUUCAACAAUGUUUUGGGUGUGAAAGACAAAGAUUGUUUCCAUCGGAAAGAAACUUUACUUUUUCCACUAGUGGCUUUUUUGAUGUCAUAGAGAGGGAAUGAUUUUUACAAAGCAUUAUGUUCAUUAGAUGAAUUAUUAAUUACUACAAAUAGCCAAACAGCUAUUCAUGAGGAUACUAUUCUAUAUAUAUAUAAAGCUGCAGACAUGAAGAGUUUUAGUUAUUGACUGACCAAAUUUAAGAAUGGGAUAAAGUUAAUUGAGUAGAAUUUGAUGCAAUAUGUGGUGCUGGUGCAAGAUCUGAUGUUUUCACUCAAUAAUUUUUUUUAAAGUUUACAUGGUAGAAUAAAGAAUAUAUUCUGUAGUCACUAUAACUUCUCAUAGGUGAUUAAUUUAACAGCCAAAUAAAUUCAAAUAACUAUAGUGCUAUGAAAAUAAAGCUGUCUUCCAAGCACUACAGCUCCCUAUAUUGACCACCCUUUUCCCCCAUGGUGCAGAAAGCGUUAAACCCUUCUGUCACUUACCCUAUUCCACUUCGCCGUACUUGCAUUAGGACUUGUAUAAUGCUUUCCUAUGGUGUUUUGGGUGACGCUGGAUGUCCUCAUGCAAAGCGUGAGGACGUUAAGCAUCAGUUAGGUGAUCAAAAGAUGCCUAACCACCCAGAUGUUCUUCUAGUUGCCUGUGUGGUAGACAGCCCUUAAAGGUGGAGUUGACCCUGCAAGGUUAUUAUUGCAGUUUAUUGAAGACAAUGAGCUGAAGUGGUCUGGGUGCCUAUAGUGUCCCUUUAAGAUGAGAAUUUGGUAGGAACCGCAUACAUUCAAGAAUCCCUGCCUGGCUCAAAUAGGUGGUGUCGUUGUGUAAUGUUGUAGGGAAUAUCUGAUUGGUAUUUAUUAAGCUCAACUGAUCGUCACUUUAAAAGCACAAAAUACUUAGGGAAACUGUGAUAUGUCACUCUGGACCAAAAUUAAAAAAGGAACAUUUCCAGUAUUUGAAUGCAUGAAUGAGGAUUUUAGGCUGUUCAGAAUUGGGUACCAUAUGUGUGUGAUAAAGCCUGAUUAUUUCUAAAUUCAGAUUUUUAUUGGCUUUACUUUCUGCCGUACUCUAGUGGCAAGUAGUUGUGGUGUCUACUGCAGGAUAAUCUCUGAGCCUCCCAAAUCCAGCUCCUACUUCUGCUUAAAUAAACCAAAAACAUGCUUCUUAACUAAGUGAUUCAAUGAAGAAAUGGACAUCUGAGAAUUCUUUCCCCAAUAUAAAAGCACAAAGGGGGAUGUAGUCAAUGCAAUCUACAGCACAGAUCUCAUUUGCUGUGCUUAUUUGUAAUCCCCUUGUGUGUGGUUACUGAAAAUAAAAUAAAAUUGUACUGUAUCUUAAUGUUCUUUGAGAUAAAUAAAACAGUUCAUCUGUGUUUUGCCCAUUAUUUUGUAGUACAUUUCAUUUAUAAAUUUCUUUAUAUAAGCUAUCUUAUACUGCACUGCAGUGGUAUAGAGUAUACGUGUUAAUGUAUAUCACUAUAGCAGAGUGCUCACAAAUGUCUGAACAAUUAUGUUUGCCUUGUUAAUAUAGAGAGACUUUUAUUCAUGUCACAUGUGCGGUGUUCACCCUAGUUAAAGGUUGUUUGACAUUUGUAAUGAUGUCAGUGAUGCAUAAGGUUUGAAACUCUGCUUGACAUUUCACUUGUGUGGUACAAGAAGCUACACUGGAAACAAGUUUUGCUGCAUCUAUUUCCCUUCCCACAUUUGCAUGGGAUGCACAAACCAGCCACCUAGGGCAUUUUAUACAUUUGUUUCAAUUGAAUUUAAAGGGACACUAUAGUCACCAGAACAACUACAGCUUAUUGAAUUUGUUCUGGUGAGUAGAAUCACUACCUUCAGGCUUUUUGCUGUAAACACUGUCUUUUCAGAGAAAAUGCAGUGUUUACAUCACAGCUUAGUGAUAACGUCACUGGCCACUCCUCAGAUGGCUGUUAGAGAUCCUUCCUGGGUCAUGGCUGCCUAAAAUGCAUCACAGCAUUCAGUGUCUCCUCCCUCUUCAUGCAGACACUGAACUUUCCUCAUAGAGAUUCAUUGAUUCAAUUAAUCUCUAUGAGGAGAUGCUGAUGGUCAGGGCUAUGUUUGAAUCAUGCUGGCUCUGCCCCUGAUCUGCCUCCUUGUCAGUCUCAACCAAUCCUAUGGGGAAGCACUGUGAUUGGAUCAGGCUACCACAUGUCAGCAGACUGCUUUUUUUUCUGAGUCUAACAGCAUGCAGAGUUACAGCUUCUGGCUUGAAUACAGUAAGAUUGUUACUAUAUUUAUGGAGGCAUGAGGGGCACAGGGGGAGGGGGGGCUAGGUGGUGGUGUUAACACUAUAGGGUCAGGAAUACAUGUUUGUGUUCCUGACCCUAUAGUGAUCCUUUAAGGCACUGUCACUACACAGCUACGUUUUCCUGGUCAGUUUUAGAUUCCCCAUGCGUUUGGUUGAAAUCUGAGUAUUGCUGCCUUAUACUAUGUAGAAUUCAGUUUACUUUACUAAGAUGUAUUUUAGAGUAGGCCCAGGCUCUAUCCAAAGGGAUGGACUUUUCCAGAUAGAAAGUAGAUUUUAAUUUUGCUAUCUUUCUGCCUUUAUUACCUACGAAAUAAAAACCAUUUAAACCGAAAGUAGAUCUGCCUGAAAAACACCAGGCCUGCCAAUCAUACAGGCUAGCCAGCCCACUGAGGGCAGACCAUGCAUGGAGCACUGUUUCACUGCUGUAUUCAUGGUCCUAGUGCCCUUAGUGUAGGGAAAGGGCAUCUACACUUUUUGGAGACAAUUCACUUACGUUUCUAAAAGUGGGACUCCAGAGAACAAACCUGGGACAUUGGGAUGGUUGGGAGGCCUGGGUCUAGGCACAACUCAUGCUAUUACUGUGCCCUUCUGUAUCCCUGCGCCUCCAAUUUGCAAUUUCCCACUCUCCUUCUGAGUCUGGUCAGAAGGCUUUGCUUUUAGCACAUGCUGCCUGGUCAAUGUGAUGAAUAGAAAAGCCUAUGCCUGGCAGGAAGCCUGGCCCAGACAAGGCCACAGUUCACACUAACCAUGCAGUGGCCACUUUUGGGCGUUUAGUCAUGAGGUAUCUGUAAACCAGAACUAGAACAAUAGGAGGUUCAGCGCUCUACAAAUACACAGUACAGGUGCACAGUGUUCAAAGAGUGCAGUAAAAAAGAAAUACAUACACUUAAAAUGCACUUAUCCACAGAAGUAUCUAUAAAACCUCACAUAGGGCAAUAUUGUCUGUCAGGUAUCCACACUGUAUCAAUAUACAAGUAACAUCCUACUCACAUGUAAAUGAGCCUGUCAAUAGAACUGGCUCAGGUAAACAAACAUAGGUAGGAUGGAAGGAAUAUUCCUCAGCUCCUGUGUUCUCCCCCAAUGCUCAUAUAAAAAUGGAAUAAUCAACAGGGGUAAAAGUGAAAUAUUAACAUUUAUUCAAAACACAGAUAAAAAUCCUUACAUGUAGGAACACAGCAAGCUGUACACAAGAGAACUUCUUAGUAAAAUCACAAUGUGUUUCGGCAGAAAGCCUUCAUCAGGUGUAUCAUUCUAAAUAUAGUCAAAUAUUACUUAAAUUCAAGCCUGAAGCUGCAGGAUUUGUCCCUGUUUCCUUUUGACCUACCCACUGCCUGCUGACAUCAGCAGAAGUAGCCUGAUCCAAUUACAAUGCUUCCUCAUAGGAUUGGCUGAGACUGACAAAGAGGCAGAUUAGGGUCAGAGCCAGCACAAUUCAAACAUAGCCCUGGCCAAUCAGCAUCUCCUCAUAGAGAUGAAUUGAAUCAAUGAAUCUCUGAGGAAAGUUCAGUGUCUGCAUGCAGAGGGAGGAGAUACUGAAUGUUUGGAUGCAUUUUAGGCAGCCAUGACCCAGGAAGGAUCUCUUACCAUCUGAGGAGUGGCCAGUGAAGUUAUCACUAGGCUGUAAUGUAAACACUGCUUUUUCUCUGAAAAGACAGUGUUUACAGCAAAAAGCCUUAAGGUAAUGAUUCUACACACCAGAACAAAUUCAAUAAGCUGUAGUUGUUCUGGUGACUAUAGUGUCCCUUUAAGUGUGCAAUCGGAACAUAUUUCAUGACUUCUCAGGCAUCUCCAGAAGCAGGACACCAGAGGACAAAUCUGAGAGAGCAGGACAGGAGGCCAAAAUCAUCAGUGUCCUUUUAGAUCCUGGAUAGAUGGGAACUCUGUGUCCUCGUGUCUGUUUUACCUUUUCAGCCUUGGCCCCCAAUCUGUCUCUUUCCUACUCUAAUUUUUAUUAUUUAUUUCCCUACCUUCCCUUGAGUUUUUCUCUACCCCCACCCAGAUCUCUUUCCUACUUUCCCCACAUGGACCACAUCUCUUCAACCAGUGCUUAGAAUGAAUCUGUUGCCAAGCACCUCAACCAUCCAACACUAAACAGAUGCUUAAAAUAUCUUUCUAGUGUAAUUCACUUUGUCAUCUCACAGAACAGUCAUGGUUAUUUACUAAAUAGUACAUUUUGGAGAAUUGACCAAAUAAUGUCAAAUUAUGUCCAAAUAGAUAAAUUAGGAAUAAUUUUCCAAUUUACUUCUGUUUCCAGAGUCUCUUUUGUAACCUCAAAUUAUUGGCUUUUCCAAUACAGAGCUUUUGUGGAGCUUUUGAGUGUUUGUACUCAGUAUGAUUACUGUACAAAGCAGUAAUGAAUUACUACAAAGCCAUGAAAGCACAUUAUAAUAGAGAACACAACCUCUCCCCAGUGGGCUCUCCACUUAGAAUCUGACCUCUCUGGAUUACAUGGGACAAUAGAGGCAUUUAUACAGAGGCGAAAUCUGAUCCUGUUUCUUUAAAGUUCUUCCCUCCCCCACAUAAUGACGUUCUGGGGGUUGGGAUAAGGGAGGGAAAAUUGGCAAGGAAAGAUGAGAAGAGAGAAGAGAGCAGAGGAGGAGAGGAGAGAUCUCUGCAAGAUUCUUUUUUAUCCAGCGUGGAGAGAGGUUUGGCGAUAUCCGAGUGAGCCACAGUUGCCAUUGGCAAGCAGUAUAUGAAUCGUGCUUUGGUUGUGCUGCAUUCACUGCGAGGGAACCUAGUCUGGGGAUAUCUGUUCCUGGUGCCGGUUUGUGCAUUUUACCCAAACUGAUCUUGGCAUCACUGCACCAGUCCUGCUCCGGGGCUCCUGGUUCUCAGUAAGCUGCACUGCGCUACCCAGGAGGAGACUGAGGAUCGCUGUAAACUGAGUGGAGCCAGCUGUGUGCAUUCGUACAGUUCUAUGCAGGAUAACCUCCAGUGAGUUCUGUCUUGGAAUAUUACAGUAUCUGCAGUUUAGACUAUUGGGAUCAGCCAAACCCAAGCAGUCUGGGAGAAGGUGAGCAUUGCAAUCUUGCUAUAUAUUAUGUGUGGGCUGCUUGUGUUGCUGCAGAUUAUUCUUUUUGCGGUGCACAUCAGAUUGUGUGUGUGUAGAGUUUGGGGGCAGGGAUUUAUUGCUGACUAGCACAGUAGUCUGGACUGUAGAGAGGGGAGUGGAAAUGUUUGUAUAUAUGGGGGGCUGGGGAAAAGCGUUAGUGUGUAAAACUUGCACGUAUGUGUGUAAGCCACUGGUAAUGUGCAAUUGUGACUUGUCAGAGGCAUAUUUUUUUUAUUUAUUUUAUAUAUAUAUAUAUAUAUAUAUAUAUAUAUAUAUAUAUAUAUAUAUAUAUAUAUAUAUAUAUAUAUAUAUAUAUAUAUAUAUUAGUAUCCAGUAGAACGUAAACCUCUUACAUUGCCAAAAAGUGGGUGGUUUUAACCUGACUUCACAAAAAUAUUUAGUACUCUGCAAGUUUCCCAUAUCCACGCCUAAGUUUUUAUUUUUAAUAAACUGGUCUAAGUUUCUACUUUAUUGGUAUAGAGGUAGACUGUAUCUUUAUAAAUCAUGAUGGUUUAUUUCAAACUGCAAAUGUUUCCAUGUGAGGCAAGUAUAUAAUUUAUUCGUUUAUCCAAAUUUUAUUGCGUCCCUUUGAUUUUGCGUUUUACUGUAUGUCUGUCUGAAACUUAUUUUACAAUGCAACUCAAUGAUGGCCACGAUUCAGUGCUGCUGAUGCCCAUUGGUUUCAAGCUGCAAGCUUUGGUCUUUAAAUCAGUUAGAUUGGUAAGGGAAGGGGUCUGAUCAUUUUUAUUUUGGAGCAGUAUAACUUCCAAAGCUUGCUGAGCUUGAACAAAGCAAUGUGUUUGGAUGUCUUCAAUAGUUUUUCUGAAAUGACCAUUUUGGAAUGGUCUAUAAUACUUUUCCUUUUAAGAUACUGUUUCUCCUAGAUCAGCACCUCAGAAUCAUUAGUGCAGGAAAAGGAGAACCCAGGUGACCUCUGAGAAUCCUAUCUCUGAGCUCAAUACCCAUAAAAAGGAAAUAGGAUCACUUUUACUGUACUUUUGUUACAGUGGUAAUGGUACAUUUUAGAACUCAGUAGCUUUAGGGUUUCAUUUGUGUGUUUUUGGUUUUUUUUCUUGUGUUUUGUCCUCCGCUACUGGAACUGGUAAAGGCCGCAAAUGCACCCUGUGUUAUUUUAUUUUAAAAUGUGUUUACUCAAGCUUCCUGAUCAAAAUGUAGGCUUGUUGCCAUGUUUCAUGCUUCUUGACACCACCCUUGUCUGCACCUAUAUACAUAUUGUGGCCUGUUGAUUUUUAUUUUAUUUAAACUGCUAUACCCUAUCUCUCAUGACUUUCGCAAAACAAAUGCCUAAUAUCUUCCCUAUUACCAGAGCCUUUUUUUUUUUUUAACACUAUUUUCCCCCUCCAGUCACCCAAGUGACCUCCUGGCACCCAGUCUCUCUCUUAAUCUAGCAGGUCACCAAAUAUUCUUGCUAUCCCCUCCAUUACCAAUAUUUAAUUUAAUCCGAACGUUAUAUUCACUAUACUCCAUAUUGUAGCCAAUUGAUAUUGCAAAAUAGAGGUUUGUAAAGUUGGGUUGUGACUAUAGCCAAAUUGGGGUAUUUUUAAACAUCUGCUGUUUUUGUCUAAAUUUUGUGUGUGUGUGUGUGUGUGUGUGUGUUUUUGUUUUUGUGGGGGUUUUUUUGGUUCUUUAGUGUUUUAGUGAACUUAUACAUAUUUUUUUUUUAUGUGCUCAUUGCUUACUGUGCAAUGAUUUGUAAAUACCAGAAAUAAAUAAAUAAGAGUGCCCUAUAAGAAAAAUACAAUGUAUGCCAUCCCACUUUUAACUCCUUCUCUUAGUUUUAAAGCCAAAUAUAGUUUUUUGCAGCAAAGCAAAUGUUAUGCUAGGUAUUCUCCUUAAAUAUUUAGGGUUAGAAACACUGCUCUGAACAUUGGGUAAAUAAGGUACUGUAUUUAGUGAUUAUUUUACUUUUAAAGAUGUAAAAUUGUGCUUUUAUUUUCAUAAGACAAGCUAUGGCUCUGGCUGCAGCAAAUGCUGUAUAGGCCCAGUUUCAUCUCAUCUGUGGUUUUAAUCUCCAUCACCUUCCAUAAAACACAGACCCACUCUGCAGUACUGGUGUGCCUGAUGUUUUCUCAUCUCUUUUCUGAAACCUGUUUGGUCUUGUCUAAUAGCUCUGUUAUCGACCUGCACUAAAUAAAAUAAAAAAUAUAUAUAUAUCUAGUGUGUAUAUGUGUGUGUGUGUGUGUGUGUGUGUGUGUGUAUAUAUAUAUAUAUAUAUAUAUAUAUAUAUAUAUAUAUAUAUAUAUAUAUAUAUAUAUAUAUAUAUAUAUAUAUAUAUAUAUAUAUAAAAAAACUAUCAACAUCCCCUGCACUCACGCUUGAAGUAUUCCAAAUGCCGGGCGCACCACCAAAGCUCCAAUAGGUAUAACUUCCACAAGAAAAGGCUGCUCUCCGGACUUAAAAUCAAAGAUUUUAUUGAAAAUAUUUAAAAAUGAUGACCAACGUUUCGGUCCCCGAUCGGGACCUUCCUCAGGGUCAGAGACAACAGGACAACCUGGUUGUCCUGUUGUCUCUGACCCUGAGGAAGGUCCCGAUCGGGGACCGAAACGUUGGUCAUCAUUUUUAAAUAUUUUCAAUAAAAUCUUUGAUUUUAAGUCCGGAGAGCAGCCUUUUCUUGUGGAAGUUAUAUAUAUAUAUAUAUAUAUAUAUAAUUCUGUCAUUAUACUGUCAAUUCAUCAGAUACUUAUUCCAGUUUAAAGACUCACUUGUUAUUACACCUCCCCUGAAAUGAAAGGCCCAACAUGUGUAUGCAAGUCUCCAGCUCUGGCACGGAUUCUGACAGACCUUUCUUGCUUCACGUAUGAAAGGGCUCAGUUUACGGUUCCUCCUGGCUAUUGUUUGUGUUCUUGGCAGAAGCAAAGGAGGGGGAUGCAGUGGACAGAUUUUACACCUAGCUGAGAUUGAUCUAAUGUUUGCUGAGCACAGUGGGUGAGUGCCUGACUGUGCAUUUUAUUUAAAUAUAAUACUGACAUGGAUAACCUUUUGAAAGCUCUUUUGGACUCUGUUUCCCAAUGCUCAGACACACAGACUGCUCACAGCCUGCAGUAUUUAUUAUAAUAGCCCUUAAUAUCCUUCUUCCUCCCCCAGCCAUCAACUUGAAAUUCUCUUGUUACCUUCCGUUUCAGCCUCUCUGAGCUGGAUUAUGACUCCACAUAUAAACCGUAAUCACCCUACCAAACUCAUUGCCAGUAAAGCUACAAUUAAUUAUUUUAUGUCAUAAGUAGAGACCAUUUUCUUGUAUAAAUUGUUCAAUUCACUUUUAAUUCAAAAGUCAAACUGAAUGGGGGAAAAAACAUGAACUGCAAAUCCUAAAAUCUAGAUGAAAUUAAGCAUAAAUGUUUCCGGUUUGUCUUCUCUGGCAUAAAUGUUGCAAUUCUCAUAAUUCACAGAAUUUCAUAUUGGUUUUUAUACAUAUUUUUCAGUUUCCCAUGUCUUUCUUCCUUCACUCUCAGCUUCUCCCAACCUUCCCUUUUUUCUUGCUAUGUCUCUCAGCUGAGGUCUUCUCCAUUUCAUUCGCAUUCGCAUUCGCCUUCGUUUCAUUUUUGCCAUUUUAUUUUCACUAGAUCUAGUUAAUCUCAAUUUAGUGCCGUUUCUACCUACUUCUCAAAUCACUGGCUAGAGAUCAUUGGUAACUGGGAACGUUAAAUUGUACUGAAUUAAAAACCAAAGGCAAAAUAUAGACAAAAAUAGAGAAUUAGUCAAAAUUCUUCAAAUGGGCUAUGUUUUCAGCAUUUUUAGUCUAUAUUUCACAAUUUGUUUUUUAGUUAACUAAAAUUCAGUGUUUAGAAAACAGUCAACAGUUGGUCUGCAUUUUGGCAAGAGUAGCUGAGAUUGUGGAAGAUAGAACUAUUAUACUAAAAAAUGUUAAUACCUAAAUAUACACAGGAACCUUACACCAUAUCAAAUGCAUCUAGUAUCUCAAAUUGUAUUGCUUUAGACUAAAACUUACACUAUUCUCUGCUAGGCUGUAUAGCUGGACAAAUACUUUCGUGUGAGAUGUAGUCGAACUAUAGUUGGAGGCUACAGUUAAACACCCAUGGUUUUGCUUAAAAUGUAAUGCUUUAAUAGACAAUGCUGAAAACCAUAACCAGGGUUGCCAUUGUGGGUGACCGUCAAUAUUACAUCAAGGGGCUUGGUCAACCUACCCUGCCAGAAUGCACUUUCCCCUCUUAAACUCUGUGCAGUAACACUGGGAAAGAGUGCUGUCAUAUCACUUCCUCCCUCAGCCUAUGGACGCUGCACAGGACUUGUGAGGAGCAGCCUGCAGCCCUGUACCAGCCUAAUCUCCACCGGACCCCAAGGUAGCCACCCACUAGCUACAAAUGGUAACUAAAAGAAAGAUUUCUAAAUAAAGUGUGUGUGUGUUUUAGUAUUGUGCGUAAUUCUAUUUAUUUCUGUCUGGUAGCUGAUGAGUGUCUAUGUUUCUAUGAGUGUUUUCAGAAGCCAAGCCAGUGGGCUUGUAAGGGGCUACAAGAAUUCUGGUGGCAGUCCUGACUAUGAAAUUGUAUCAAGUAUUUAAUCCUAUCCCAAGGUGCUGCAGGCCAGCUAUAUUGCACAUAUUUUUAGCACAGUCGGUCUAGUAUGUAUAAUAGCCCCGCAAUUUUAACUUUGAUCCAGAUGUCUAAAAUCCAAGCUUAUUACAAAAAUUAGAACAGCUGUUUGGAUCCUUCGUGUUCGGUUAGGCAACCUACGGCACUCCAACUGUUGUGAACUACAUUUCUCACAAUGCUCUUACAGCCAUAAUGUUGGCAAAGCAUCAUGGAAGGUGUAGUCCAAAACAUCUGCAGUGCUAAAGGUUGCCUAUCCCUGUUCUAUACUAUUACUCUAGUUCCUUGGCCUUUCUGCUUGUAUCUUUUUCAGUUAUAUUUGCAAUAAAAGAACAGCUUAAUUGACCGGUAACUUUAUAGGCAAUGAAUAUUGUAGAAUGCAAAACUUUACCUCCAUAAUUUUACUUGCUUUGUACCCCCAUUCUUCUAUUUCUCUUCAUCCUGGUUCAGGACAGUAGAGGGAGGUUUUGGAUUAUCUAUUUCAUUAAUGGGUGGAUGUUCCAAUUAACCAGCAAUAAUGGGGAAUUAGCUCUUAGACAUAAUCUCUGAAGCUUUGUCCUGUUUAGUACAGAACGUAGGCUUGGUUCCUGGCUGUGGCGUGUCUCUGGGCUUUAUUCACUAAAUAACAAAUUGUAGUGAAUUGCAAAAUCAUGUUAAAAUAACCAAGCUUUGAGUUUUUCAAACAGGCAGUUUCUCUGAUUUUUGUUAUCUGUGGUUUUGUUUUUGUUUUUUGUCAGUUUGUGGUUGUGUGGGAUUUUUUUAAAUUUAUUCUUUGUUUCUUGUUUCUAUCUGUGUUAAAACAUCAGACUUCAAACAUUUUCUAAAGCUUCCUGACUCCAAAAUAUUGAGUAGUGGCCUGUGAACCAUUUUAGCAUUUAAGGAGUUAAUCUGCAGAAACUAUAUACAAAUAAAAAUCUGUGCAUCUAACUGAAUUGUCCACGUCAUGUCUUGUCUCAGUACUAGUUUACUAAAAAAUCUGAACAAAGAGUUGAUGGGCAAUUUGACUAAGGUGUUGGCUGAAGUGGUGAGGAUUACAGGUUGUUGGGUUUUUUUUUUUUUUUUUUUCAAAUAGUUUCUUGUUUCCUAUCAAGUCGAAUUUUCACACUUUGUAAACCUGAUCCUGUAUGUUGUAUAAAACUCUGUUAUGGUAACAAGCUGUCUUAGGCUGUUUUACCACUGAAUGCUUGUCUGAUGGGAUUUUGCACUUGUUUAUUGCCGAGCUGGGGUGGCGUUUUAAUCUAUUAGGACUAAAAUCUAGCUAUAAUGUCAAAUGAAAUUGGUCAUUCUAGACCAGUGACCGCAAACUGCACACCACGUGUUUUAGACUGAUUUACCUGGUAAACUGAGCACUAUGGGAAAUGUAGUUGGUAACCACAUGUAAGCAGCAGAGUGUGGCGAGAAUAACAAGACUCUGCUAAAUAUGUUGGUUGUUUCAUCUAUGUAUAGUAAUCCUGGGGAACAGCACCCUUACCUGUUGAUCAGAAACCCCAGACCCUGCAACCAGACUACAGUUUAUUAAAAUGGAAUCUCCUGCCAGCAAUACAUUUGUUAUCUAAAGUGUGGGCUAUGUUCUCUGUAUUAUUAGAUUGUGCAGGAUAUUCAGUGUUUGUAGCAUACCCUCCAAUUAUCUAAUGCAAUGUGCACCAUAUAUUUUAUUUACCAAGACUGAAUUUUGCAGAUGUCUCCAGAAUUCAUCUGUCUGUGACUGAUAAAUAAAACUAACCAUACUAUUCAGUGCCCACAUUAUUAUUCAAUAAAUGUGUCAUUACUGGUGUAUAAACUAGCCCAAUAUUCCAUAAACUGUGACGCAUUUGCUGUUUAUCGAAUGCUGGCCUGUAUUAUACAGUGCAAGUUAUGAUCUGGUUUAAUGGAAAAUGCAGUGUGUCAUUAUCUUUGUUUAUGGAAUAUUGAAAUACAUUACGCAGUGAGUACUUCUCUGCAAUGGCAUUUUUGACUGUUAUAUCUGUAUUUUGAAAUUUUAGUGUCCAUUAUUCCAUCCAACGUAGUAUUAUCUUUUAUUUUCUUGACUAUCGUCUGUUUAUACUGUGAAGAUUUCAUUCUUUGUUUUAUGGAUUAUUGGGCUGCACUGUAAAGUGCAGUGUGUCUUUAUCUUUGAUAUAUGGAGUAUCAGGCAGCAUGAUUCAGCACAGUGUUCCAUUAUCCAUAUUAUGGUAUGUAUGAUGGGCUCCGUUCUACAGUGCUGUAUGGCAUUUAAGGAAUAUUGCACCUCAUCAUAUAGUGCAACGAUUAUGUUCGUAUUGUGCAAUCUUAUUAUCUUUACUUGUGGAAUAUUGGGCAGUGUUGCUCAGUAUCAUUGACUAUGGUUUUUAUAGAAUGCUGGGUUUUGUUAUACGGGGCGUUCAUGAUUGCUGUUGGAAUAUUGGGCUGUGCCAUUAUCUCAGUGUAUAUUUUAUAAUGUGCAGUGGUCUGUUCUUUCCUCUAGCUGUGCAGCUUCCUGUAGGAAGAGUUAAGUCUGCUCAUUCCCUACUCCUCCUCCCUAAUGAAGGGGGAAGCAGGCUUUGUUAGGAGGAGGAAAUAUGGCUUUUAAAGCCAGCUAACCAAAUCCCCAGGAAGUGUAUCCUGUUUUAAACCCCCACCUUCCCCUGUUUGUACUGGGCUGCUCCUUUGGAUACAGUGGGGUUGAUGAAACCCAAUAAUACACCAUUUAUUUAUUUGACUUGAAACACAGAGCCCUGGUGGCAGCACGCUUGCCUUCUAGGGACACACUAGUUAAAGUUAUAAAGUAGCGAGGACUAGACCAACCUAGUUUUCAAGAUCCCCCAUCAUUUGAUCAUCUAAGCAUUCUGCCAUGCGGUACUCUCUCCUGCAGCUGCACAUGUCAUUAUUACACAUCUAUUUAGCAUUUAAGAGGUCCUGUUACAGUUUUAUAGCCUAUGAUUCUAAUAUCCAUAACGUGUAAUUUUAUAUAGCUUGAGGCAGUGUGCCCUUUGGCCUGGUGGAGUACUCAGUAGCAGAUUGGGUUGCUUGACACCAUCUGAGUGUCUGUUAUUGCAUUGCAGCUCCUCGAAAGUAAUACACUUGACUGGCUUUCUGUUCGUGUCUGUGAUCUUAAAUGUGCUCAUUAAAUAAAUAAGGAUAUGUGAAUGUCUAAAUAGACUUCCUCACUGAAAUAGUGUUUUGUAUAGGAAAAGAUUCCUGGAACCUGUAGGAAGCUAUAACUAGAUAAGAAAAAACAAUCAGGUAUGUGAGAUUUCUGUUGGAAACAUGUGCUAGUGCAAAAGGCCAUUUGCUGAGUGUUGACCUGAUUGGGCUAAGGAAAGUGAGAAAAGAAAAUAUGACUUGCAUGCCAAGUGCAGUAGAUCUACAGGAGUGGCAGCAAUAACACAAUAGACCAGCGUGUUUUUUUUUUGGGGGGGGGGGGUUUCUUCUCCUCAGGGGGCUAUGACUCGCCUUUUCUAAUCUGGGGAGGGGAAGCAUGCAAUGAGUGACCACUUCCUGCAGAUUCAUAAUGCUUGGUCAAGGACUCUUAAAUCUUGUCUGUGCAUUAUGACUCAGACUACUCUUAAAAUAUAGACAAUACAAAGCCAUUGACUUUGAACUGGUCUAGCUUUUAGCACUGUUCACCAACUGGUCUCCUAUAAUUGAAAGGAACCUCUGCAAUUCUAUGUAGGUGUUUUGUGUUCAGUGUUAGUAAUGUUGUAUUAACUGAUUCCUUGCCCUAUAUUUUUUUUUUUUUUUUUGAGUGCCUUCCUUUAUUCUCCCCUCCUAACUCUUAUUCUCGCCAGGCUCCAUUGGACAGAGUAGGAGAGCGGAACAUCACAGUAAUGAUUCUUCGAUACAUUGAGGUCGUCGUACUGCUGCUGAGUAAUGGUGUCAGUGGAUGGAGCAUGAUGCCACGGAAAACCGUACAUUUUUCUGGUGAGUUUGUACCCCUCUGUGUGUUUUUUUUUUUUUUUUUUUUUUAAGUAAAUAAAUGUAUUGAGCACCCUGGAAAAGAUCCCCUUUUUUCUUUUUUUUUAAUGGAAAGGCUAGCCUAUAUUUACUACAGAUACAUUGUUUCUCAUAAUGUAAAAAUUCAAUUUUGGUAACAGAAUAUACCUGUAGCUUGUCCCCCACAAGACUGUUUUCAAGUAGUAACUCAAUUAAGUGCAGCAAUCCUAAAUUCGAAGACAUUGUAAACCAUAUUCUACCAGAUGGUUCUAAAGUGGUUAGCUGCAGUAACUUUUCCAAUCCUCUGUAUAUAUCUCACAAUAUUGGGUAGGUAAGUACUCCAGAUGUAAGAAGGUUGGCCAGAACUGGCCUGCACUCAAGCGCACUUCACCAGAAAAGGUUUGUGUCUGUUUGCCAGCAAAUGAGGGCUUUCAGGGCUGUUGAAGCGCUCUUCGUGUGUCAGACAUAACCUGAGUUAUCUUACUGCAGAGUAACCAAUCUUGUAUGAUAGGACAGUAGACCAAAACCCACAGUAUCUUCAGCUUCCAUAAGGACCAGUAGGUGGCAAAGACCUCUCAGCCAGUCCAGGUCCUCCCUCUGAUUUGCACAGCAAGCAUCAUGGAGGAGGAUAAGGACAUUUUCUUGCAUGAUGUUCAGCUCCUUGCAAUCUUGCAUCUUAGUAACUAAAGACAGAAAAAAUUAGCUCAGCCUCAAAUGUCUAAUGGAAACUAACAAAUUUUGAUUGAUGCAGCCUAGGCCAGCUUAGUGCAUUUGAUCGUCUACUAGAACAUUCUUACAGAUUUGAAGUUCAUUUUCAUCAGACACGCACAAAUACAAUGACAGGCACUGUAAGCAUCUAGAGACAUGGCUCUCCCAUAUUUCCAUCGCCAGAUGACCUCACCAGCUUAGAAAGCCGCAGCUACAGUGCAACUGCAGUUAUCUUGGGAUUGGCCCGACUCCUCCCCCCUCAGACUGUUCCUGCUAAGAUUGCAUGAAGAUGAAGAGAGAAGCCGCUUUGAGAAUUUCUCUGCUUUCCUUCAGCGACCAUAAACAAGGCAGAGAAAGCUUCACAGAACAGUUGGUUCUCUUGCAGACUGCAGCUAAAUUCAGAAGUCAACAAUUCCUUCUACUCUGCCGGAUAAAAUGUAUAAUUUUCCCCCCCCCCUUUCUUUCUUGUCUAGAUAGAUGAUUAAAGAGGCUUUGCUUACUCUAUUUUUGUAAAAGCUGAAUCCAUGGGGCUCUGCAGAAGGGAAACCUGUGUUAACCCUAUUACUACCAAAUCAUUGCUCACAUCUAGGCACUGAAAUCCUAUAAGUAGCAAGCUUUUCAAAUAUAAUAUUGGUACAGUGCAGGUCCACCGAUCUUCCUCGCCAGUCAAAAUAUUGGCACAUAUUAACACGCAUUACUUAUUUUAUUCUGCGACUUCAGUAAAAUUAUUUUUACGUUGUCUAUUUUAAAACACAAUGACUAAAUCAUUAUAAUUUUCCAUCAAAGAACAGCCCAUUGUCAUGUAUGUGGAUUUUUAAAAGCUUCUUUAGAAUGGAAUAUCUUGGAGGCUCCGGGCUGAUGUCACCUGUUUGUGCGCACCACACUCUCCAUUGAGGGGUGAUGUCAUGCUGUAAUUAUAUUUCAUAUUCCCAUGUGGCAUAGCAGCCUGUGACAAAUCACAUGACCCAGAGGAGAUGUGGCUGGGAGCAGUCUGCUGUGUUCUUCCAACAAGUCUCAGAAUUUACCACUUUGUAUUCUCAUGAAUAAUGAAACCGUAAUUUAUCUAUGCUGAUUUUUGAUAAUGUUGUGUGCUUGUCUAAAUUAAACUUUCUCACCCAUGUCCUAUAGGAGUUUCAGAGGUGCGCCAGUCCUGGCGUGGUGGCAUCUCACACUUCAUGACUCUGACUCUGGAUGAAAGUCGGGGAGCUUUGUAUGUGGGUGCACGAGAGGUCAUAUUUAGUCUGGACCUCAAUAACAUUGGAAAGGAACUAAGACCCCCGGUGAGCAUAUCAAUGAUGUCUUUUCUAUAUAAGGAACAAUUUUGGGGGGGGAAGUUCUAAUACUUUAAACCUGCUGAAUAUCCCUGCUGAUUGCUCCACUUUUUAGAACAUUGCCCAGGUUGCACAACGGAUUAUAAAACCGUUGAAUAUUCUCUAAAGAAAAUUCUGUUUCAGUGGUGUGGGGUUUUUUUUGUUUGUUUUUUUUACUUUAUUUUAAAUUACAUAAGACAUAUCUAUAUACAUAGACAGAUACAGCAUAGAAACCAACAUCAAACAGGAUACAAAGACGUAAGUACCAUCAUGAGGGAGGCGUGUCUCAUUAAAUAGUAUCUAUAUUUAUAAUAACCAUAAAAUUACUCCCUCGUGGGCAUCAAGGCUGUGGAGCGUACUUUUUCCAUUCUUAUAUACUAUGAUCUGUUGCUUGUGGGACUGGGUAGUUUUGUUAUUUCACAAACCCAGGACCAGGUCAGAUUUACAUGCUAGGUGCCUGUAGGCACAGUAUUCUAAAGUCCCCCUGCCCAAAAUAAAACUGAAAACUACAGUUUUAGCGUUUUUAAAUACUGUAUUAAUUGGACUUGCCCUACCCUGCCUAAUGAGAAAUCCCACUCUACUCACACCUAAACAUUUAGAGUGCAGAAUGCUUUGUAUUUCAAAUUUGUGUUUUUGUAUAUGUAAAUGGCCCUAGUUUUUAGAAUGUGUAAAUGCAGGUGCAUUAUUUAAUGGACACACCCUUACAUUUAGUUGAACCCUUGCCUAAAUUUGUUCAAUUGAGGUAGAACCCUGUUGGGAAGCAGAUAACGUCAUUUAUCAUGCUAAAUGAGAGAAAUAAAGCAAAAGUAACAAGUUGUAUUUUAGGUAAAUUAUGCACUUUGUCCCUUCUCUCACUCCCAUAUGAGGUCUUGUUUUAUGUUGAAAUUAAUUGCUUACACCCUUUUCUCUGUAGAUUAUUUGGGAAGCUCCAGGGGAUAAGAAGUUGGAAUGUAUCCAAAAGGGAAAAAAUAAUCAGGUAAUGCAUUGUUUGGGAUUGAAGGGCCUUUUUGUUUACAUUUUAAUGACUAGAUUUUACUAGAUUUUCUUUCUUUCUUUCUUUAAUUUGGUAUUCAGUGUACAAUGUAUAGUUUUAUGUGACAAUAGAAGACAGGAAAAAAGUUAAAACCAGAAUAUACAGUAAUAGUGUAGAUUAAAGGGUCACUAAGGCAUCCAAACCACUUCUUCUUAAUGAAGCUGUCUGGGUGCAGUGACUGUUUAGUUUUACAUUUGCAAUGUAAAACGGUGCUGUAACUCACAAGAUACAGAGAGUGCCAGUAUAACCUUAGCUUGAGGUACAGGGCAUGUACUGGUAGCUCACAUAACAAAAGGACAAACAUUUUUAAAGUGUCAAUCUAGGCACCAUAACGUCUACAGUUUAAAGGACCACUCUAGGCACCCAGAUCACUUCAGCUUAAUGAAGUGGUCUGGGUGCCUGGUCUAGCUAGGAUUAACCCAUUCUUUUAUAAACUUAGCAGUUUCAGAUAAACUGCUAUGUUUAUGAAUGGGUUAAGCCUUCCUCCAAAGCCUCUAGUGGCUGUCUCAUUGACAGCCGCUAGAGGCGCUUGCCUGAUUCUCACUGUGAAAAUCACAGUGAGAGCACGCAUGGUCCAUAGGAAAGCAUUGUAAAUGCUUUCCUAUGUGACCGGCUGAAUGCAUGCGCAGCUCUUGCCGCGCAUGCACAUUCAGCCGAAGAGGAGGAUCGGAGGAGGAGAGCUCCCCGCCCAGCGUUGGAAAAGGGUAAGAUUUACCCCUUUUACCCUUUCCAGAGCCGGGCGGGAGGGGGACCCACCCUCAGGGCACUAUAGUGCCAGGAAAACGAGUAUGUUUUCCUGGCACUAUAGUGGUCCUUUAAUGUUAUGGUUCUGGUCCAUACAGCCUGUCCAGCAGGCUGAGCAGUUUAAACGCUGCCCUUUCUAGGAAAAUGUUUACAUUGCUGCCUAACGCCACCUUUAGUGUCUGUCACCCGGAAAGCCACUAGAGGGACUUCCUGGAUGAGGUCCUGCAAAGAUUGCUUGGAGAGAUUAAUUCUCUCCACAGAGAUUCAUUGACUCAGUGUAUCUCUACUAGGUAAUGCUGCCAAUGCACACAAAUCACCCAAUGUUUCCUUAUGGCAGGGCUUUCCAAAUUUUUUUUUUUAUUUUUUUUAAAGUUUAAUGUAGUGGUUCUGGUGACUAUAGUCCCUGUAGCCUUUUCAAUGUAAACGCUGCAUUUUCAGAGAAGACCUCUAGUGGCUUUCACUCAGACGGCCACUAGAGUCCUGUGUCAGUGCUCUGCAUGGACGCGCUGAAUGUUACCCAUACAGAACAUGCGCAAUAUCCUCCCAAUACUUUCCUGUGGGAAAGCAUUGGCUUAGCUGAGAUCAUAAAGAUUGAUUAACUCUGCAGUGGAGGCAGGACAAGCCCUUCACGGUGUGGGGGGAAAAAGGUGAGUAAAAACAUCAAUCCUGAUCGGAGGGGGGCAGGUACCUAAACAGACACGCACACACUGACUCACGCAUACACAUACACUCACAAAUUAAAUUGUUUUUAUUUUAAUCCAUCCAGCCUCCCUACCUUUGGGAGAGCUGAGUGGACUUUCCCUGGGGUCCAGUGGUGCUGCUAUUCCUGUGUGAGAGGGAGCAGUAAUCUACCAUGCAGCUACUUGCUGCUCCCUGUGAUGCGUGGGCCGGCAUGACGUCAUAUUCCGUCUCCCGGCAUCAUUAAACAGCGCGAGGGAGCAGAGAGCGGCUGCUUGAAGAUCACUGCUCCCUUGCACGCUGCCCCAGCCGACCUCCUUGAUGCCCCACUGAACUGGCCGCCUCCAUAAAGCCCAGGGUGGCCGGCUACUACGCUCACUAAGCCGGCCGCCUCCAUGAAGCUCAGGGCGGCUGCCUAAAAGGCUCACUCAGCCGGCUGCCUACAUGCUCCAGCGGGUGGACAGACCAUUAUUUGCGCAGCAGGGCACUUUAGAUAAAAAGCUGACAAAUCCCAGGCGCAGGGCAAAAUUUUUAGUCGCCAUGGCGACCUGGGAUUUGUCAAGCCCUGCCUUAAGGUGAAGCAUUAGAUUAGCAUCGAUACUAAUGAUCUCAGCAUAGGCUGAGUGACUGCAGUGAGAUUAGUGUGAUGGGGAAAAUAAGAGUAAAAUACUUUUUCUUUGGAUUAUUAAGGGGGCCCAAUAAUCUAAUUAUAUUAGCAGUCUGGAGUUAGACAUACAAACCUGUAGGGUGCUUCUUUUAAGGAAAGGGAACAGUUUAAAAAUGAGGAGGUUGGGAUAAAGAGAGUCUAGAGAAAGGUAUUGAAUAAAAGUUCUUACUUCUAAAAGCAGUAUCUAUAAUAAUCUAUGUGUUGUCUGUGAAACAAAGAGCUUUUAGAAUAUGGUAAAGCAGAGCACUAUUAAUCUUUCUAUGAAGAACAGAAGUAAACCAAUGUUUAACAAUCUGUUUCAUUGAAAUCUUAAACAUCAAGAUGAAUCAUGCUCCUGUUGCACGCUGCAACUAGUCUUGUAAUGUGACCUUAUUUCGUAAGUCUGACAUGGUGUCUUGUGGUGUUGUUUUCCCUAUAUCGCUCUUUUAGAGCUGGGUUUUAUCAGGUUAACCUUACUGGACUGGAUAACCAGUGAGCUAAUUGGAUUAACAUCAAUUAAGUGAUGCCAUUGUGAUUGACUUGUUGAGCAGAAAUCAACUUAGAGGGCUUCUUGUUAUUGCAUGCAAAGGAUUGUUAAAACUGUGGUUUUUUUUUUUUUUUUUCUUCCAUGUCUGUAAGACAAAUGCAAUUGCCUGUGAUCUGCUCAUACAAUCCUGCAAUAACUGCCCAACAUGUAUGAGUGCUCUAAUGGGCUUUAACCCCUUAAUGACACAUGACAUGUGUGACAUGUCAUGAUUCCCUUUUAUUCCAGAAGUUUGGUCCUUAAUGGGGUUAAAGAGACACCGUAAGGCCCAAUACAACUUCCAUUUAAUGAAGUGUUUUAGUAAAAACAAAUUUUCCAUAAGACAUUGUGAUGUUUACAUUGAAGAUACUUCUUCAUAAAGGCCUUUAAACAUAAGGUCUUCUUGUUUGGCAUCAGCAUGUCCAGCACAAUGACGCCAAACACGGUUAAUGCUUUAUAAUGAAGCAUUUAAUUGGCAGAUAUUCCUCAAAGCACUGUAUUGGGCGAAAGGCAUUAUUACUCAUGACUUCACUGGAAGCGAGGAGAGUACCCAAAAGGAGACUCUCCCUGUGCUGGAAUGACGAUAAGUUUUAUAGAAGUUUUAAUCUAUUUUGGAGAGUGUGGGGAUGGGGAGACUGUAAAUCUAAGUAAAUCAAACCUUUUCACAUAAAAAAUAAUUAUUUUUCAUAUUUAAAUAACUGUGGCCACUUGUGGAAAGGUUUCUGCAGUAACUGCCUAAAUAAAUCUUCCUGCAUGGUAUUCAUUUACUUUAACCUUGCUAGUUAAUCCUGUUUUAAUGUGCAGGUUAGAGGACUAAAGCAUUGAUAAACUAUAUCCUAUAGUGUUGGUCAAUAGUACUAAGGGCUGUAAUGCAAACAGAGAACUUGAACAAUUCCUUUCUCCCACACUCUGUAUUCUGAUGUUGAGAUGUGAGGCUCUUGUGACUAUUAUUCAGUCUGUCCUAAUUAACCAAUACCUUCCAUUCCAUCCAGUAGAUCACAAGAGAUACUGUAGAGUCAACACUUUCUAUAUUGGGGUGCAGCAAACACUACAUGGUUUUAUGCCCCAUCCCCUCAUGUGGGUUUGAGAAGGAUCAAAUGGAUUCGUGUCCCAUCUGAAUUUCAUGAUCCUGUGCACCCCAUCCUGUGUGUAUGUAUGUAUGUGUGUGUGUGUAUAUAUAUAAUAUACAUACACACACACAACAAAAGGAAGAAACAAGACAAGAAAUAAAGUAUUGGGGUGCACAGGAUCAUGAAAUUCAGAUGGGACACAAAUCCAUUUGAUCCUUCUCAAAACCACAUGAGGGGAUGGGGCAUAAAACAGUGGAAAUAUCUACUUACAGCUCCAGGAGUUGGGAAUGGUACAGCAUCAGAGUAAUAUAUACACAGUCUUAAAGAUAGCACUCCAGGGACUUUUUAAUAAAGUUGAAAAAAAACUUAGCUUUUAUUCAGGCAACUGCCACAGUGGAUCAACAUUUCAGUUCUGUAUCAGAACUUUUGUCAGGAUAUCCUUUCUUUAAGACUGUUAUAAUUUUGCUGAUAAGCACCGGACUUUAUAUUUUCUAUUACUGGAGUGCAAGCAUUGGAUAUUUUAAUAUAAAUAUAUAGCUAUAUCUAUAUCUAUAUCUCUUGAGCUACAAAACCUGGAUAACUGAUGUUCACUAAGAACUCAAGUAAACAGCACUCUUCUGGUAGGCUUUCUUCAUAAGCAAAUUAUCAAGUAGGAGAAUGUUGUUUGGUUUAUAAUUUAUUUGUAUUUUUUUUUUUUUUUUUUAAUGAAGGAAUCCUACGCAUGCUACUAAUGGGAUUUUAAAAAUAAAAUUGUAAAAGGGAAGACUUAAUGUCCUGUGCAUUACUAAUAAGACUCAUGAGUUUUAGCUUGUCUGAUGCCCUGUUAAUCCAGAAUUUUCUGUUCUAGACUGAAUGUUUUAACUACAUCCGCUUCCUGCAAGAGUUUAAUCAAACUCAUAUCAUCACGUGUGGAACAUAUGCCUUCCAACCCAAGUGUGCCUAUAUAGUAAGUAUUUUGGUUCUGUCUUAAACCCUCCUCCUCACAAAUGUAAUUAAGAGCAGUCAAACGUCUGGCUUGGCCCUGACAUAUUUAUAGUUGUAAGUGAGAAGUUGGAUAUUUUGUAUGCAUUUUUAUUAACUGUGGUAGAGUGCAUGUUUAAGCAGCAAAAACAUAAAAAAAGCAGUGUCUAGCUUAGUAGAUCAGGUCCACUCUUGGAACACCCUUGGAACAUGCAAUAAUAAACGUUUUCAGGACCUCGUCCCUUUCUCAAUGUUGAUAAUGGAAUUAUAUUUCAUGAUAUUUAAUACAUGCAAUCCAUUUGGAUGUUCAACUAACUUUCUAUGGUGCAUGUGAAAUGUUGCUCAAUGUUGUGUUUUUACUGUUUUCUACCAGGAACUAUCUGGAUUCACUUUGGAUAGCAUUAACUUGGAAGAUGGGAAAGGAAAAUGUCCUUAUGAUCCAGCUAUAGCUCACACUGGAUUAAUUGUUGGUGUGUACCUACCUUUAUUCUUAGGGGACAGAGUGCAAUUGUGUUCUUGUUUGGGUUGGUGCUGUAAUCUGUACAGGCAAUCCUGUGAAUUGGUGAACAAUUUAGAUGGGGCAAUUUUUUAGGUUAUUAAAGGGUUGUGAACGGUAUCUGGAUUUAGUGAGCAAAAUAGUAGUUGGCUCUUAAUCCUGAUCAUUUACUUCCAUUAUGGAAUAAAAAUAGAAAUAUUGUAAAGGAAGUCCCGUGAGUGCUCACAUUUCUAAAAAAUGUAAUUUGUAUAUUGAUAUUGUAUGGUAGCACCCAGGCAGAAAAUCCACUGAAAUAUAGUUUAGAGUGAGUGCCAUCACAUCUGUGGUUGAAACACAUCUAUGUACAUAUCGAUUUAAAAAAAAGUAUAUAUUUAUUUUUUAUAUAUAUAUAUAUAUAUAUAUAUAUAUAUAUAUAUAUAUAUAUAUAUAUAUAUAUAUAUAUAUAUAUAUAUAUAUAUAUAUAUAUAUAUAUAUAUAUAUAUAUAUAUAUAUAUAUAGAGAGAGAGAAUUUAUUUUUAAUUAAAUUUUUUUUUUUACAGAUGGGGCUUUGUAUUCAGCAACCCUAAAUAAUUUUCUAGGCACAGAGCCAGUGAUUUUGCGCAAUAUGGCACCACACAAUGUUAUGAAGACAGAGUAUCUCGCAUCUUGGUUAAAUGGUGAGUUAAUGACCUUUAUUUCUCUUGUCUUUCUCUUCCAAACCCGAUUGGUAGUCUGCAUUUGAGCACCAAUGUAGGUCACAUUGCCUGCUAUCAAUCGCCUGUAUUAUAUUUUUAUGAAAACUAGGCAUAACAAAACAUGCUCUUGCUUGAAGCAUUACAAGAUGCAGCUAUGCACAGGAAUGAAAGGCUACUGUAGACCUUUCUACAUAUUGGUGUCUAACGCCAUAUUGUGCUGCCUCCUGUGGAUGAAUAAGAAGCAAAUGGAUCAGACCUAUUGUUACUAAAAAAAUAUGAAAUGCUUCCCUGCACUAAAAGAUUUUUGUGCAUAAUUUAAACCCAUUAAAUUCUAAUGACUCAUUAUCCUGUUUGUUAUAUGAAUCUUUGAGAAUGGAUUCACAUUACCUCUGAAUUCUGUCAUCCUUUUCAGUUUUUAGAAUUCUAGUAUUCUUUCCCCCAACCACAAUCUCAUUAUGUCUGUUGGUUGCUUUUUCUAUAUGCCAUUGCCUCAUACAUUUCUCUUUUUAAUAUUAGAGCCAAACUUUGUGGGCUCUGCUCAUAUUCCAGAGAGUGUGGACAGCGAUUUUGGAGAUGAUGACAAAAUCUAUUUCUUCUUUACGGAACGCGCUCUUGAAUAUGACUGCUCGAGUGAGCAGGUGGUAUCUCGAGUGGCCAGAGUUUGCAAGGUGAGACACAUGGUUAGAUCAGUACAUGUGUAGACUUUAUAGGUAAAGGCAGUGGAAAUGGGCUAAACUUCUCUCAUUGGCUUAUACUUCCCACAAAUGGUAUAAAACAAGGAGGUAAAAAGCAGUGCAUAGAAGAGGCCUUGUCUCAAGAAACUGAAGCUCCAUGUGACAUGAAGUGUUUAAAAUCGUGUGAACUAAAAAAAUUCAGAAUUUUUUAUUUUAUUUAUUUUUUUAAAUCUCCAUUUCUUGUAGGGUGAUCAGGGUGGCCUUCGCACUCUACAGAGAAAGUGGACCAGUUUCCUUAAGGCCAGACUUCUUUGCUCUGUCCCUGAUAUCCAGCUAAACUUUAACCUGUUGCAGUCUGUCUUCACACUUCACUCCGACCAAUGGCGAUCUACUCAGUUUUAUGGAGUUUUCCAAGCUCGCUGGUGAGUACUUUGGGCAACAUUUACUGGAGCAAAAGGGAGAAGUAGAACUGACAUAUUUCAUGAUUAAAAAUGUUCUUGUGAACAUGUUGCAUACCAUGCCUCUGUUCUUUAAAAUUGUUUCAUAGUAACCACCAAAGGUAAUUUCAUGUGAUAGUGAGUUGCAAGCUGUAAAAGCAAAAACAUUUAGAAUAUCAAUUGGCUGCUGGCAUUAUUUUGAUUUGGUCUUCUCAGUGACAUUUUAAAGGACCACUCUAGGCACCCAGACCACUUCAGCUUAAUGAAGUGGUCUGGGUGCCAGGUCCAGCUAGGGUUAACCCAUUUUCUUUAUAAACAUAGCAGUUUCAGAGAAUGGGUUAUGAAUGGGUUAAGCCUUCCCCCUAAUCCUCUAGUGGCUGUCUCAUUGAAAAUCACAGUGAGAAGCACGCAAGCGCCCAUAGGAAAGCAUUGUAAAUGCUUUCCUAUGCGACGGGCUGAAUGCGCGCGCAGCUCUUGCCGCGCGUGCGCAUUCAGCCCAGGAGGAGGAACGGAGGAGGAGAGAAGGAGGAGAGCUCCCCGCCCAGCGCUGGAAAAAGGUACGUUUUUACCCCUUUUCCCCUUCCAGAGCCGGGCGGGAGGGGGUCCCUGAGGGUGGGGGCACCCUCAGGGCACUAUAGUGCCAGGAAAACGAGUAUGUUUUCCUGGCACUAUAGUGGUCCUUUAAACGUGUUAAGUCAGAGUUUGUGCAUUAUCUGUGAUUGUCCAUGACGUUCAGGAUACAGUUAGACAGUCUUGUUGUAUGAGUAAAAUUUACAUCUUGGUGCUCUCUGAGCAAAGUGUUUAUAGAUCCAUGCGUGUAAGGGUCUUUCAUAAUCACCAUCCUAUUUUACUUUCAGGGGUGACAUUGCAGUCUCUGCUGUUUGCAAGUAUUCCAUUCAGGACAUUCAGAGAGUCUUUGAUGGACCCUACAAGGAAUAUCGGGAGCAGGCUCAGAAGUGGGGUCGUUACUCUGAUGCUGUGCCAUUCCCAACUCCUGGAGCUGUAAGUAGAUAUUUCCACUGUUACGCAUGUUUUGUGCUUAUAUACGUAUUUCUUCCACCAUCUGACAAAGUGCUCAAUAAGGAAAAACUGUUGCCAUUAAAGUGCAAAUAGUGUCAUAUUUUCUGGCUUUGAUUGCAUGUCUAUAAAAAUGAUUGUUACAUUAAUCCAUUUGAGGUUUUUGUGUUUAUUUUUUAGUUUAUUAAUAUAAUAUAUUUUAUUAUUGAAUGGCAUGGGGUUGACUUUGAUUCCAGUUCUUUGAUAACUCUCAAUCUGUAACUUUAGUAAAGUUAAUUGGAUCACUCUAGAAAUCUUAAUGCAUUCAUAGAUUUAUUUAUUUUUUCCACAUUUAGAAAUGGAAAGGAUAAGUCAUUUAACAUAGUCCCUAAACCGUUUGUGGGAGUUGACAAAAGAGAUUGGUUCUAAAAUUAAAGUAUCCUUAUGUUGUGUUUUUUUGUUUGUUUUUUAAUAUAUAUGCCUCUUCUCUACGCAGUGUAUUACAGAUCUUCACAGACGUCAUGGGAUGACCAGUUCUCUGGAACUUCCUGAUAAUACCCUAAACUUUGCCAAGAAACACCCACUGAUGGACGACUCUGUUCAGCCUGCGUAUGGCCGCCCACUGCUUGUUAGAAAGGGAACCAACUUUACAACAAUUGCUGUACAUAGGAUUAAGGGUCUCGAUGGAGAAAUAUAUGAUGUCCUCUUCAUUGGAACAGGUCAGACAUCACCACCACUAUUAAAAAAAAAUUUAGGGAGUAGUCUAGUUGUAUUAAAUUUCUCUUAAUUUAAAUAUCCAGGGUUAAAAUUGUAGUUUCACUCUGAUAUAUAUAUAUAUAUAUAUAUAUAUAUAUAUAUAUAUAUAUAUAUAUAUAUAUAUAUAUAUAUAUAUAUAUAAUUAUUUGUGUGUGUAUAUAUUUUUAUUUUAGUUUAGUUUUUUUGUUAGUUUACACACCUAUUGCAAGAGUUAAUUGUCUAGAACUGUCCAAUAUGCACUGGUACCACUUACAUAGUACCCUUGUGUGGGUGUGUUGAAGUGUUUGUCUGAUUUUUUUUCUCUUAUAAAAUAUUUAACCAGUUUCCUUUUUGUUUUGCAGCAAAUGGCUGGGUUAAUAAAGCAGUCAGUAUGGGCUCCACAGUGCAUAUAAUUGAGGAGCUUCAAGUGUUUGACAAAUCGUUUCCUGUGCACAGUUUAGUCCUCUCUAGUCGCAAGGUCAGUCUCUAUGACAGUGGUGUCAUAUAAUAUUUAAAAAAAAAAUUAAAUAAUCAAAAGCAGAUCUAUGGCCUUACUAAUGUAAAAAAAGACAAAGAUCUUUUAGUAUGUCACAGAUUGGCCCUUGGUUUAGCUUCAACAUCUGUCCAUUGAGAGUCCUUCCACAUGGCCACAUCUUCUCGUCCAUUUUGACUUUUUUUUUUUUCCUUUGCAGUCUUUGCUGUUUGUUGCAUCAGUGUCUGGCCUAGUGCAACUUCCAUUAGCAGACUGUAGUAAAUAUCGCUCCUGUGCUGACUGCGUUCUUGCCAGAGAUCCCUACUGCGCUUGGAGCCGCAACACCACUCGCUGUGUGCCAGCGGAAGAACGCUAUGGGUGAGGUUUUUUGUUUUGUUUUGUUUUUCGUAUAUUUACGCGAACACUGGGUUUGUGGGCAAUGGGAAUGUACAAGGUAGAUGGUAAUUAAAGCAGUCAUGUGUACACAACUAUAUGUAUCCACUGAUAAAUUAUGUAUAUUUUACUAAGAGUGUGUUAUCUGUAUAUUUUUGUAGGUCUGUACUUCUUCAAGACAUUCAAAGUGCAGACAUUUCCGUGUGUGAUGUUCAAUACAUGAAAGCUGGUAAGAUAUUAACAAAAAUUUAUAUAUUUAAAUUCAUUAUACAGUGUAAAGAAACUUAAUAUUUGUCUGCAUAGUGCACUGUACACAAUGAGCACUUAAAUGUUCCUUUAUGGAUUUUUCUGUGGGGAAAGAAAAUUAAUAAUCCUUCACAGUUUCUCCUCUCCUCUGCCUUGCAGUAAAACCCUCCCAGAGGAACAUCACUGUGGCUAUCGGAACCAAUGUUGUCCUUCCUUGCCAGCUAACUUCCAAUUUGGCCAAGCCUGUAUGGACAUUUAAUGGACGGGAGUUGCUGACUGAGGAAAAUGAUUCGGUGUUAUAUGAUAUCACUCUACAGGCCCUAGUUAUCCUUGGUGUGAGCCCUCAACACUCUGGUUCAUAUUGUUGCUUCUCUGAAGAACAAGGAGUACGAUUGGCUGCUGAGAGUUAUGAUGUUCUUGUUGUGGCUGCCCCCUCUCUCACCUUGGAGUCUCGUGCCCCCAUGGAUGGUUUGAGCGUGGUGUGGAUGACAGUGAUAGCUCUUGGGGCAGUGUGCUUGGCUUUAUUUUUAGCUGUUGUCUAUCUACGCAGAAAGUUACAGGAUGAGUUGGAUAAAGGAUCUAAAUCGUUGGAGAGUACUCUGGUGUAUCCCAUCCAGCUGCCUACCCAACCCAAAAUCCCCAAGUGCUUGCCCAGUGCAGACUCUGAUGAGAAGCUGUGGGAUCCCUCUUCUUUCUACUACUCUGAUGGCUCCCUUAAGAUUGUGCCAGGCCAUGCACUCUGCCAGAACAGCACUGGCUCAUCCUCUCCUUCUGGCAAUGGGAUACCUGGCCAGCCCUUACCAUCUCCACCUCUCCAUUCACCUAAUCACAUGCUCCUUUCAGGAGUUAGAGGCUCUAAUAGUAAUGGAUAUAUCCGGCUAACGCUGGGUGGGGGUGUAAGUGAGGAACAUCCACCUCUGGGUGAGCUUAAUGAGGAGCUGCGAUGGAAACUAAAGCAGAGGCAGGCACUGCCAGACUCCAAUCCUGAAGAAUCAUCUGUCUGA